AUGUCUGGAUUGACUGGUAAUCUACCGCCACUAUCUGUGGAAGGUAAUUUAUGCCAAAACUGGAAUGAAUGGAUUCAAGACUUCAAUAUGUAUAUGACUACCAGGUGGUAUGAUUCACUAAAAGAAUUUAGAAAAGUGUCAAUAUUCUUACAUUUCAUCGGUAAGCCAGCGCUCAAAAUAUUUAAUUCGUUUAAUCAGGAUAUUAAAACUGUUACACUGGAAACAGUUAUCUCUUGUUUUGCUGACUACUUUAUUCCUCGCAAAAAUAUUACUAUCGAACGUCAUACAUUUUUCACUAGACUGCAGUCUGCAGAUGAAAGCAUCAGUGAAAUCGUAGCAGAUUUAAAAAAUUUAAGCAUGUCUUGUGAAUUUGAUACACUGCGUGAAAGUCUUGUUAAAGACGUAUUUAUAUUUGGUCUACAUAAUAAUUGGCAACAACUAAAGCAACAUUUAUUAAGAGAAGAUGAACUGUCUCUUGAUAAGGCUUUAAAAGUAUGUUCAUCGAUGGAAUUAUCUAAACAUCGUACGGAACAAUUAAAUAAUCCCAGUGAAGAGGUGCUGACAGUUCAAACAACCAAAGUACCUUCAAGUCGUUCAAGGAAAAAUUCACUGUCAAAAUCAAAAUGGUCAUCUCAAAGGAACACAAGUCAAAAGAGGGAGUUGUCAACUGGUGCACAAGCUAAUAUAAUGUCUCUUCAUAACUUAUUAAAACUUAAAGUUAGUGAAGCCUCUAUCAUUAAAAAAAAAAAUACAACCAAGCUUAUGUCAAUACACUCUAUAGAUAUUCCUACACUAGGUACAUGCAGUCUCAGAUGUUGUUAUAAAAAUAAUAUUGAAGUCAUUACAUUCUUUAUAGUAGAUUUUGAUUGCAUAACAGUGUUAGGUUUGGCAUCGUGCCAACAACUUAAUCUACUACAACGAGUCAAUGUUGUUAACAAUAACUCUAGCCACAGUGUACUAAAAUAUUAUAAUGAUAUAUUUGAAAGUCUAGGUUGUCUACCUAUAAAAUGUCAUAUUCAUAUCAACAAUGAGGUUGAACCUAUUAUUGAUGCACGUCGUAAAAUUCCUUUUGCUCUGUAUGAACAACUUCGUAAAGAACUGGAUAAUAUGUGUUAUUUAAAAGUUAUAGAGAGAAUUGCAUCACCAACGUCGUGGGUUAGUUCAAUAGUCAUAGUGAAGAAGAAAAAUAAUAAAUUAAGAAUAUGCUUAGAUCCUAGAAAUUUGAAUAGACCAAUUAGUCGGUCACAUUAUCCUCUUCCUACUUUUGAGGCAGUUAAAACUCAAUUGAGUGGCACUAAAUUUUUUUCAACACUAGAUGCCAACUCGGGGUUUUGGAUGAUACCACUUGAUGAAAAAAGCUCUGAGCUCUGUACAUUCAAUACACCUUUCGGUAGAUAUAAAUUUCUCAGGUUGCCAUAUGGUCUUAACUGUGCACCUGGAAUUUUUCAUCGUAUUAUUACUGAACUGUUCUCUGAUAUUGUUGGAGUUAUUGUAUAUAUUGAUGACUUAAUUAUAACAGGUACAACUCUAGAAGAGCACAAUCAACGACUUAAGAAAGUGUUGGACAGAGCAAGGGAAGUUAAUUUAAAAUUUAAUAAAAGUAAAUGUAUAAUAGGUGUUACUAAAGUAAAAUUCUUGGGUCAUGUUUUUAAUAGUGAAAGGGUUAAACCUGAUCCUGAUAAAAUUAAAGUCAUUGUCAAUAUACCUUCUCCCAAGUCAGUUAAAGAUUUACAAAGAUUUCUGGGCAUGAUAAAUUAUUUAAGUUCAUAUAUUCCUAAAUUAGCUGAUGAGACAACACUUUUGCGAUCACUGUUUAAAAAGAAUACAUCAUGGGUAUGGGAUGAAAACUACGAGUCUAUGUUUAACAAGGUUAAAAACAGUAUUACAACUGCUUCCGUCUUAUCUUAUUAUGAUCCGUCGAUACCACUAACAUUGUCAGUUGAUGCAUCUCAAUUUGCAGUUGGAGCAGUCAUUUUACAGAACUACAAGCCUUGUGCUUACGCUUCACAAACCCUCACUUCUGCACAACAAAACUAUGCUCAAAUAGAAAAAGAAUUGUAUGCAAUUGUUUUUGGUUGUAAAAUGUUUCACCAAUACUUAUACGGUCAGGUUGUCAAAGUUCAAACAGACCAUAAGCCUUUAGUUUCACUGUUCAAAAAGCCUUUACAUUCAGUCCCUACUAGAUUACAGCGUAUGAUGUUAAAUAUUCAGUCUUAUCAUCUUAAUGUUGAAUAUGUCCCUGGUAAACUCAUGGUAUUAGCUGAUACAUUGUCAAGGGCCCCACUUCCUGACUCAGAUGAGGACAAUAUAGAUGAAAAAUUAAUCUUGCAAGUUCAGAAAAUUAAAAAUAUCUGCAAAGUGGGAUGGCCUUUAAAUAAGUCUCUUCUUGAAAAUUCUCUCAAACCUUUUUGGACUUUCAGAGAUGAAAUUCAUGUUAUUGAUGACUUAGUCACAUUGGGCAUUGAACGUUGUAGAAAUCAAAUAAAAGAUGUAUUAUUCUGGCCAGGUAUAAGCAAUGACAUUAAAAAUAUUGUAGAAAGUUGUGAGGUGUGCCUCAAGUAUCGGAACAACAAUGCUAAGGAACCAAUGAUUAGUCAUGCUGUACCAGACCUACCUUGGCAAAAACUAGGUAUAGAUUUAUUUCACCAUAAUGAUAAAACUUAUUUAUUGGUAGUCGAUUACUAUUCAAAAUUUAUUGACAUAGCACAUUUGUCCAAGGGUUCACAUGCAAAAUUAGUUAUUACUCAAUUAAAAUCUAUUUUUGCUCGAUUUAGUAUACCGAUGGAGAUAAUAUCGGAUAAUUUACCACCAUUUAAUGCUUCUGAAUUUAAAUUGUUUUGUUCGGAUUGGGGUACAGUAAAACCUCGAUAA